AUGUUUCGUCUUAGUCUAAAUCAAACGAAUCAAAGUCAAAAUACUAUUGUUAUGCUUAGUGGUGGACCAGGUGGAUUAGAUUGGAAUUUUUUUACUAUUGCCUCGAUCAUAGUACAAGCCGCUCCAGGUAUCACUAUAAUACUACCCGAUCAUCGUGGUCCUGUACUCUCGAGUGCAUUGAACUGUGGUAAUUAUGGAUUAGAAGAUAUAAGUGCUACAUGUAUUACAUAUUCAGUUUCAAAAUGGGGUACAAAUGAAUUGAAUCAAUUUUCUAUCACUAAUGCUGCGCACGAUGUAUCAGUACAAAUUCAAGUCUAUCAAGCUACCAAUCCUGGAUGA